UGGGGUGUGGCGCUGAAUGGGGGAGGCGUUUUCCUCCUGUCCCCCGGUGAAGGAGCUCCUCCCUGUCCUGUCCCUGCCUCCUCUGAAGGGAAACUCUGGCUCAGUUUAACCUGAGGGGCUCACAGAGAGCAGUCGCCGAUCCUCAUCUUCUCCACCUCCUGUCUUUGGUCUGCACUCAUGGCAGCCCCCUCCAAACGCUCCAGCAAGGUCCAGAAAGUGGUGAUCGGGCUGCUGUCCAUCUGGUCCAUCGCCUCCAUCAUCAUCAUCGUGGUAUGGGCCACGUCUCCGGACUUCAAGGGCUCGGCCCAGUGCCGCGCAGAGCUGCGGGAGCUGACGGAGAAGCUGGAGGGGGCCAAGGUGGUGUUCAAUAAGGACAAGGUGGCCCUGGAGGAGCAGGUGUUGGAGGCGAGGGAGGAGCAGGACCGGCUGAGGGGGGAGAUCCUGCUGAUGCUGGGACGCCUUAACGCCACCAACGCCACGCUGGAUGAGUGCCGACAACAAAACGCGGAGCUGACGGAGAACGUCACCGCCAUGCAGGAGGACGUCCGGCUGCUGCAGCAGAAGGAGGCGAACCUCACCGCGCAGCUCGGCCUGCAGGAAGAGCGAGUGGAGGCCCUGCAGCUGAACCUGACCCAGGCUGCCCAUCAGACCCAGACGUGUUUCAGCCUGAAGGCGGCGGCUGACAGCCAGAUGUUGGCGGCUCAGAGUCAGACCAAAGGCUGCGAGUCCAGGGAGCAGUACCUGGAGAAACAGCUUCAGAAGUGUAAAGCUGCUGAAUCAGCAGCUCCUCAGGAGAAAAACCAAGCCAGCUCCUCUGAGUCAGCGCCUCCCAAAGAUGCUGCAGCUCCGCUCGCUGGCAUCCCUGCGCUGACGCUACUCCUCAGUGCCGCUCUGCAUCUGCUAACCUGAGUCCAGUGUGGAGGCGGGUCAAGUUACAGCAAGCCCGGCGGUCCCGGAGGAGGCGGAGCCUGGACCAACACCACUGCUGUACGAACUUCCUGUCUCCGCCACGGAGACGCCGUCGCACCACGGACGCUCGGAUACAGACUUCUACGUUUUCGCUUUCAGCUUCACGUCUGCAACGCUUCAUGCUGGACUCUCAGAGCUUCACGGCGCCCGUGUUCGGAUCGAAGCGUCAGAACCUGCCAGAAUCUUUUCACGCCAGCGUUUAUUUGUCCUGUUAUGGCUUCAGUCAGGCUGAGAGAGACUGCGACUGGAUUUAUCCUGCUGCCAGCUACGUUUCCACUGAAUCUUCCUGUGUUCUGUUUUGAUGCCGCAACUAUUACUGCUUAAAAACCUUUUUUUUUGUCCCUGCAGGAAACUCUAGUCUGGACUUUUAGAUGAUACCAAAUUAGGGCUGGACGAUAAUUCAAUAACAAUAUAUAUCGAUCGAUAGA